GGCUGCCAUCCCCCAGUCUUUUCUUCUAACGCACAGACUGGGAGUUAGUGUGUGUGCGGAUCUGUGUGCAGGAGGAGGCAUCGCAUUCCCCUCCAACAUCUCCUCCACUUUGCAUCUGUCCCUCACAGUUUGAUUUUCUACCUCUCUCACUCUCUACUUCUUCUCCACCUCCCUCUACCCUUUCAUCGAUUUUGCAAAAGGAGUUACGCCCGGCGCUACCACAACAGUGGACUUAAUCAAGUUGAUGCGUACUGCAGGUUAUGAAGACAGCAUGGAGUUUCCAGACCACAGCAGACAUUUACUACAGUGUCUGAGCGAGCAGAGGCAUCAGGGAUUCCUUUGUGACUCCACUGUGCUGGUUGGUGAUGCCCAGUUCCGAGCCCAUCGUGCAGUGCUGGCUUCAUGCAGCAUGUACUUCCAUCUCUUUUACAAGGACCAGCUAGACAAAAGAGACAUUGUUCAUCUGAACAGCGACAUUGUCACGGCCCCAGCCUUCGCUCUCCUGCUUGAGUUCAUGUACGAAGGAAAGCUCCAGUUUAAAUCUCUUCCAGUGGAGGAUGUGCUGGCCGCCGCAAGCUACCUCCACAUGUACGACAUUGUCAAGGUGUGCAAGAAGAAGCUCAAGCAGAAAGCCACGACCGAGGCAGACAGCACCAAGCAAGAGGAGGAUGCUUUCAGCUGCUCUGACAAGGUGGAGAGCUUCUCUGAGGGUGGAAGCACAGGUCGACCGGCCACUGCCGACCUGCUGCAGAGUGAUGACGAGGACAUGGAGAACAAGCGAGACAGCCCUCAGGAGCCAGGUAACAUGUGGAUGCGUCUGCCCUCAGACCGGACCGCAUCUCCCACCACUAGCCCCAGGGAGGCAGAGCCACAUGGUCCUGACACUGGCAAAUCCCCUACUGGCAGCCCCAUCAGCUCCACUGGCUCCCUGUCCCGCCGUUCCAAAGCAUCUCGAAGAAUCUCCGCCGACGCUGAUUGUGUGCUGGACCUCUCUGUGAAGUCUGGCUUGACCAGUGGUCCUGGGGAGACCAUGGCUGGUAACCCUUACUUCUGCAGCUCAGUGACCCCAGAUAAUCUGCAGAGCUCCCUGGUCCAGGUGAAGGUGGAGAAAGACACAGGCUCAGAGGAUGAUGAACAUGUGAGUGGAGACUAUGAGAUGGAGCACAGCGGUAUGAAGGAGCCACCUAGCACCAACGGAACUCACAUCAGCCUCAUAGCACAACGCAGACUGGGCCUGGAGGCUCACCUCUCAGCCUUGCGUGAGGCCUCGCUAGCCAGCGAGCUUGAGCGGGAGGACAAAGAAGGCGACGAUGACACGGACGGCCUAGGAGGCGACAGGGAGCGAGCACAGGAGGUUGCGGUGGUUGAGAAUUCCCUCUUGCCUUACGUCUCCAGCAUGUUGGGGGCCCCACAUACUCAGAUCUUUAUGUGCCCUUUAUGCAACAAGGUCUUCCCCAGCCCCCACAUCCUGCAGAUCCACCUUAGCACACAUUUUCGCGAGCAGGAAGGCGUAAGGGUCAAGCCGGCCAGCGACGUCAACGUUCCCACCUGCUCCAUCUGCGGCAAAACCUUCUCCUGCAUGUAUACGUUGAAGCGCCACGAGCGGACACACUCAGGCGAGAAGCCCUACACAUGCACCACUUGUGGCAAGAGCUUCCAGUACUCGCACAACUUGAGCCGACACGCUGUUGUGCAUACACGUGAGAAGCCGCACGCCUGUAAAUGGUGCGAGCGGCGCUUCACGCAGUCAGGGGACCUGUACAGACACAUCCGCAAGUUCCACUGCGAACUGGUCAACUCGCUCUCAGUGAAGAGCGAGACACUCAAUUUGCCCACUGUCAGAGACUGGGCACUGGAAGAUAGUUCUCAAGAACUCUGGAAAUGAAAGCUCAUAUAAUGGCAGACUGUUUGAACUGCUUGUUAAAUUAAUAAGAGAAAUCUUAGUGGCAUUUUGGGGGGUAGAGAUGUAAGAUCGGGGCAGAAUGAGGGCAGAAGGGUCUAAAUCAGUCAUUUUUCUUGUAUGUACUGUACAUUGCAAAUCUUGUCGAAUUGCACUUUACUAGCACAUGAAAAUAUUACUACUGAUUUUAUUUUAAUAUAUUUUCUGGUUACUUUAGGGUCUCUUGUUCUUUUUUCUUUUCUUGUUAGAUUUUUAUAAAACAUGGGUGCUGGUCUCAGUAACCACAUUUGACAGAAAAAAGCAUUGGGAUUUUUAACUGUAUAUACUUUACAGUACAUUUCUAUACACUCCUAAAUUUAUAAGGAACUUCUGCCAUGAAAAGCAUAUGAAGAUUUCAGGUAAUAGACAGAGGAGUUAAAAACUGAAGGACACACUAAACGGGUACUAUGGUUAUAUAUUUACCUGUACACAUUAAGCUCAUGUUUGAGUAUGUGUGUGUAUAAAUAGUGCACUACUAUAAUUUGCAAAUAUCAUACCUGAUGUGUGACUGUGGUUGGGCAUGCAUGUGUAUUCAUGCUCUUGCACACACACAUACACACACAGUGUGUGAGCAGGUCAGUCCUUUAAUUCCCACACGGAAGUCUGCACCAGAAGCUCUAAGCUCGCAUUACCUAAGCUCUUUUUCACUUGUUAUAGGAAACUUGACUGAUGGAAGACAAAAAGGCACUCAUGCAAUGUACAGCCUCCUUUUUCAUAUCAGUUUAACUGCAUUUUUCUAUCAUUUCUCAAUAUUAUUUUUGUCAGUUUUUUUAUUUGCUGUCUAUCCACAUCUCUUGUUUGCUACUGAGGUUGUUUUUUACAUUGGCUGCAUUUCUAGAGAUUUCUGUAGUGUUUUAAGAUUUUUUUCAUUUUUAAAACGGACUCUGUUGUUGCAUGAUGUCUGACCUGUAUAUUGAAAAAGAUGUGACUUGCUGUAUUGCUGUACACUGUUAUUGACUGAUUCAUUACAGUCAGGGCACCUGUCUGUUUAAAAAAAUACCUUUAAUAUUACUGCUGUAGAAAUUGCAUGAAUUUUAUUUAACUUACUCUUUUUUUGUUGUUGUUGUUGUUUUGCAUCAGAGAGUGUAUUUUUUAAUUAAUUAAUUACUUACUUAAUUUGAUUCCUUGGUAGAUUUGAUUUUUACUCCUGAUCAAUAGAGAAUGAAUUUGGGGUUCUGGUAAGAUGUUACUAUUCUGGGCUGUGAAGAUUGUGGAAAUGCACUGACUUUAGGCUGCAGUAUCUAGACACACAAAGUGAAUCAGUUUAUUCUCGCUGUAGGAUACAGGGGUGAACGAGGGGCCAGGUGUCAGCAGAGGCUGAAUCGCUAUGAUUAUUGUUUAGAAAGCUAGCGUGGCCCCUGCUAUGUCAUCUCAUGCGCUGCUGUUCCCAAUGCUAGGUCUUCAACUGCUGUAUGUCUCAGAAUUUACUGGCUGUUGUCAUUUGAAUCGUGUCGGCUCUGUUUGUAAUUUAUUUAUUUAUCUGUUUAAUUGGCACUUGCUUCAGAUUUGAAUGCCAUGAAGAUACAUUUGUGUGGCUGAUAGUGCAGCUCUUCUUUAUGGCUGUCCUCCAGUGCACAUUUAUAUAGAGAAAGCUAAAGGAACUUUAAACAGCAUAAAGCUAGACAGCGAGUGGUUUGUGUGCGUGUGUUUGUGUUCAAUGCAUAGGUGUUUCAAUGCUUUCAGAGUGGAAUGUGUUUGGCAAGGCCGGUGGCACCUUUGAAGCUUAAUGAAAUUAGAAUAAUGUGCAAAAGAGGCCUUUAUUAAGUUUUUAAGCCGAAUUACAUGCAUAAUUGAAUUACUGAAUUAACAUUGUUGCAUUUGAUUUUUUUUCUCCAAAAUUUGUAAUUAUUAAAGAGUUUAAUGAUUAUUGUUAAUGUAAAAUUAGUGAUUUUGAAAAAUGUUUGUUAAAAAAACGUUUUUUUUUUUAAUCAUUUAAUUUGCAAAAUUAUAAUAUUUUUUUCUUUUUUUAGGAAUGUGAAAUGUCUUAAUUCUUUUCACAAAAAAAGCUGUCAUUGUCAAAUUUAGAAAUAAAAAAAUUAUAAAUAUAUGGGCUAGCGCUGUAGUUAUAGAUCAGUCACUCAAAUAGUGCUGGAAGGCUUGAACUACUUUAGUAAGAGAGGACUGCGGGCUCCGCACUUGUUUUGUGGAGCACAGAAGUGUGAUGCACACUGGCCUACACAGGCCAAAGGAACUACCAUAUAUUUGACUGGUGCAACUGCUAGCGAAAAUCACACACUCCUCAUGGCAUUUUGCACUGUGGUACUUUUGCCUUUUGCACUCUAAAAUGUGACAGAAAAAAUAUCUACUUUGGGGUUGAUUUGUUUUCUAUGCUUUUCUUUUUCUUUAUGUUGUAUGUUGGCUUCUACUAUUGUACUUGACCGCCUUAAACUACUGUUAUCAGCUUACUUCUACUCAGAGGGUGAAAACUGGAAACGCUGGAAAACUGGAUGUUUAUCUUUGACUUUUGGUCAAUGGAAAUGAAGCUGUGAAAUGGCCAAUGAAGCAUAUCCAUAAAUUAGACACCCCUUUAGUUUACUUGAAACCCGGGAACCCAGGUGUGAAGAACAACUCAAAGUCAAAUUCAAACGUAGUGGAUAAUGAGUUGGGAAUUUGAGAGAAUAGAAUUGAAGAAAAAAUAUCUGUUGAAUUCAAGGACAAUCGCUGUCUGAAAAGAAGAUUUGUCUUCACAUGUAAUUGCUUCCCUCUUGAGAUUUUUUGCUAUGUUGACAUUGUUCUUUUUAUGGAUUUAGGCAUUUAGCUUUGACAAUCAUAGUAUGUUUCAUUUUCUCAAGGGAAGUAAAUUAUGAGGCUGUUUAGUUUUGUACUUUUUGGUGUGCUGUUGGUGAAAUUUUUAAAUUGUGUGCAAACUGCAAUAAAUUAUAAGAACCUUCAUAUCUGAGCCGUGCCAUUUUUCUGUCAAAACGUCUGUCAAAAUUGCCAAAGACGUUUUGAUUUACAGAUUGUUGAGACUGUUUGUAUUAUCCUCCAGUUAAAUAAUCUUAUUUACUGUAGAUGUUUGAGUGGGUGGAAACAUGUUUUCCAGUGUGUGAGGUCUGUGGAUUGAGUAUACUGUCCGGAUGAGUGUGCGUGUGAGCGUGUGUGUGUGUAUAUAUAUAUAUAUAUAUAUAUAUAUAUAUAUAUAUAUAUACACGCAAUCUUGCGUGGCUUGUGUAUAUGCUUCUUUAAUGUUUGGCUGGUGCUCCAGCAAAGGCGUGGGUUGGACCUUGGAAAUUGUGCAGCAGCUUGUCGAAAACCAGCCCCUCCCCCUGCCUCCCUCCUUUCCUGCAUACACACAACCUGCGUCCAAAGCUCCUCAAGUACAGUUUUCUAGCAAACAAAUCAGCUUUAUCUAAUGUCUCGUUGUUUGGAAAACUUGUCCGACAGAUGCAUUAAAGGCUGACUAAUUUGAAGUCAGUGAGCGUUACUCAACAGGCCAUAGUCACAGAUGGUCUUGUGCCUAUUGGUGCAAGAUUACAUUUAGUUUUUUAUGCUUUUUGGUUUAAAGAACCCCUUUCUGGUGGGUGUGCAUUGCUGUUAUAUGGUUGUUUGAAUAGAUGAGUGUCUUAUUGUUUUAUCGAGUAUGAUUAUUUCCAGAUAAUGUUGUGCACUUGUAGAUCUCUUUCAGUGGUCAUUUUACAAAUUUAAUGAGAGCUUACAUUUUAUUGGUUUACAUUUGCAUGUAAUGUUCAUAACAUCUGGCAACUGAAGACAGUACAGUUUAGGUUUUUUGGGGGCAUAAUGGUUUUCUAUCUUUAUUAUUAUUAAUUUAGGUCAUUAAUUUGCGUCUGUCCUUUGUUUACUCAAGGAGCAGCGACAAAAGGGGCAGCUGUGGAAACAUUUGGCUGUGCUGAAGGGUAGUGGGCUCCACAUUAUAUAUGAAUUACCAGUAUGGCCUUCUAUAUGUAGCUCCACAACAGAAGAUAGUGGAAGCCUACUUGGGGAGAGCCGCUCACGUGGCAUCAAAUGGGUAGCCAUUGUACUGAGGUAUGACUGAUUCUGCCCACACCAAUAGCUAUGGUGUGCCUCACCAUAUUCUGUGACCAGCACAAAAUAUAAUGUAGAUUAGUGGGGCACAGACAGGAAGAGGGCUAUGAAAACGUAUGUGGCCUUUGCUUGCACCAUGUUGUGGCUUUCGAAGAGCACAUGUUCCAUACAUUUGUUUUUGUAGAGUGAACAUUGUUAAAGGGAGAAUUCUGUCAAAAAUCACCUUCAUAAUGUUCUAAAUCUCUUUCCUAAAAUCAGCGUCAACAUUCUUCAAAAUGUAUCCUCUUGUGUUCCAAUGUGGUAAGUCUUACAUGUUUGGUAUGUCAUGAGGGUGAGUACAUUUUGAUGGGUAAAAUAACCCUUUAGAAGGAUUAACCCAAAUUAACUCAAAUUGAUCCAGACCGUCAUACAAACUGUGUCCCUGCCACAUGUUAAAGUUUGUUUUUUCCCCUAAUUAGGAAAACCAGAUAGGAAAGCCAUCUCAAUUAAAUUCUAAAUGUCAUUACGUCAUCUUAUUAGUUAAUAAAUAUGAACCAGGGUAAACAUAAUAAUUUAGCAUUACAUUUUUGCAUACACUAUAUAAAGUGGUAACCUGCAAUUAUUACCUUAAGGAGAUGUUUAUCCCUUAAAAAUUCAGUGUGGUGCUUGAAUUAAUUUAAGUUGAUUUAAAUGUUACCACAAAAACCAUUUUGUAUUUCGUAUAGGCUACUCAGUCUUACUUAAACAGCAUUUUUAUAAAUAUUUAAUUUAGACCCAUACACACCAUGAUUUCCUGAGGGAAAAUUCACAUUAAACUUGUUGAUUCUAUAGAAGAAAGUGUGUGCCAAAAGUGCAGUUAAGAUGUAAAGAAUUUGAAGGAAUGAAAGGAACAUUAAGUCCUACAUAAAAGAGAAAGGAGAAAAAGAAAAAAUGUACAAGGGCUGAGCAGAUAAAAGGUGAGAAAAGCAGGCAGGAGGGAGGAUGUUGUCUUUCUUUCAGUUGUCUGCUUGGUUUAAAAGGCAGCCAUUGUCAAGAGCCCUGCGCUCUCAGACAGAAGGCAAGCAACAAGCUGCCUGUCUUGGCCCUUUAGACAAUGCAGUGGUCCUGCAGCCUGUCAGGGAGUGGGACAGGGGUCUGUAUGGGGGAUUAUUUUUUAUAUAGGGAGGGGUGCACCAUGCACCCUGCUUCCCCCAACAAAAGAAGACGCAGCUCCAAUUUAAAUGUUAUAUGUUUGUGAUGUUUAGGUUGUGGUGCUGUUCUAAGAGUGUGAGAGGUGCAGACGAAUGUUCUCCACUCCGGCCAGCACAUAAGCACACUCUGGGGGUCUGUGGAGCUCUCUUGAAUAGAGAUUAAAACACAACAUUUCUUUUGUGUGAUUUCUUCCAUAGUGAAAUGUGGGGGGAGUUGGUGUGGGGUAGGGGUUCGUCUGGAUUGAGUUGUGGGAGGCUAUCAUCUUUUGGAUGAUAAUGGAGACAGAUCAGUUAUUUGUAAACAAUCUUACACUGUAAAAAGUGGUAACCUGCAAUUGUUACCUUAAGUGGAUAUUUCUAUUUGAUGCAACUCUUAAAAUUUGUUUUGUUGGUGUAACAUAAUACAUUUAGGUUGCUGCAGUGAUGUUAAACAACAUUUUUGACUUGAAUCAAACCAGUUAUUUUAGAUGACACCACAUGAAGUAUGUAUAUUAGCAAUGACUGUAAGUGUAGAGUCUUGCGUAUACGUUUAUGUUUGAAUAUUUUCAAUUUCACACAGUGGCAGAAAUGAAAUUUUAAAAGUAUUGAAAUGUGGUAAAGAAAUUAUAGCAGUUUCCUGAGCAUUAACAGCACAUCUUUCAUGUCACUAUAUUUUUACAGAAGAACUGUGUGUGUGUGUGUGUGUGUGUGUGUGUGUGUGUGUGUGUGUGUAAUAUACAGUACAGUAUAUAUUGUGAUGAUUUUUGAAAAAGCUACAAUAUAUUCUAAGCUAAUCUUAUAUGAAUAAAAAUAAAAACAUUCAUGGACUCUAAUUAUAUCAUUGUUCUGUUAACAUCUAUUAUUAUACUGGAAUAAUUGGUUCUGAUUGGUUAAUUGCUGCAUUCUGCUGUCAGAUAUUUUUGUAUAAUGUCCGCUUACUGUAUAAUUGACUACUGUUGCAGGCAACUAAAUUCCAGCAUUGUAGCUAUGCUAUUUUUAUGUCUUUGAUAUCACUCUGCGGUUUCUUUUUUUCUUUUCUUGCAUUACAAAAUAAUUCCAACUUAUUCAAUAUUUCAUGUCCAUUUAUUUGGUAAGUAACAUUGUAAUAAGUGGCAUAAUGUACACUCUGUUGGUCAUAAUCACAAAUAACCCCCUUCAGACAAGGAUAAUGACUGACUAAUUGUACAUUAUCCAUUACUUAUAUUAGCCAGUAUAAUUCAAGACUUCAGCCAAAUACUUUAUUGAAAAUAAAUGUUUUCAGAUUGGACUGGUGAUAGGAUUCCAUUCUGCACUUAUACCAUGGUUAAUAAAAUGACUGAGACUGCUCUAAACAUUUCCCAGUCUUACAGACAUUCAGCACAUCAAAUUGGAAACAUGGCAAACCCUUGAUGUAGCAUGUUCGGUCGGCUGUGCCUUUUUCUCUGAACCAGCUGUUGGUAUCACUUCUGCCCACUGUAGAUAAGUGGGCAGCAGGGCGUGGGAUGUUGAUAGGGGGGUCUUGGCAGGAUUUAGUCAGCAGUGUGCACUUUUCUUGGGUGUAUCACUGUGGCCUUAUGAAGUCAAACAGGCACUGCAUAUAUGCAUCUGUAAAUGAGCUACAGUAACAAAAGUGGUCAUAUCUUGUUAAAUAAUAAGAUCAUAGUUACACAAUUCAGAAGAGUAAACAAGUUUAACCAACAGGUCAAUGAUCAGUGCGUUCUUCGAAAAUGCCCCUGAUGUUUAAAUUUAAGGGGGAAAAAAAAAAAUCCUGUAUUCAAUGUUUUCUGAUAUUUGAUAUACUUCAUAGUAUUCUAAUCUAAGUUUAUGUAGUUAUGGGUUUAUUGCAGAGACUGUAGUGACCUGUAGCUGUCAAAUAUCUUUGUUUGCUGCCUCAGAGGCAGGUGUUGUUGAAUGUGUAAACAAUGUAGUGUUUAUUUGUUGUUGUUUUUUUGUGUUUUUGAAAUGAAGCUUAAAUCAAUAAUAAACAAAAAUACUAAAUAUGAAGAAAACACCCCUCUAAAAUGUUGAUAACAGCCAUUAUGCUUAAAUCGACCAUGAUAGUAUACGGUUGUGAGUUAUACAAUUAAAUCUAAUAUAGGGACUGGAGAACAGUGUUGGGUACUACUGAAAUGUAAUCUGGUACUGAUAACAAAUUACACAACUAAAAUUGUGUUGAAUUCUCUCUUCAUAUAACAUUAAUAAAAACGAAGUCAUAGAGGGCCUGGGUAGCUCAGCAAGUAAUGACGCUGACUUGAUUAUUAGGUCAUUUGAUUAUGUAAUCCAGAUUACAUGUAGAUCAUUACCACCCAUAAUUGUUCUGAUUUUGUUUUUUUCAAUUAAUUGAUUCAGCUGUAGUGUUUGACAUGCUUCAUAUAGGUAAUAAUGUCCCUGAUUAUCAAUUCCAGGGGGCAAAUAUAGGCACUUAAUAAAGAAAGUUAAUGUGGCACUGAUGAGCAGAAUGAAUUUGCCGUUUGAAUGGGGUAAUGUGAGAUGUCAGCAGAGGUGCCCUCACUUUCCAAAAGAGUUUACACAUGGUCAACGCUUUUCUCCUGAGCUUGACACGCAUGAUCUGUGGUACCUCAAAGAUGACACUUUCAGCGGUGUGUGUGUGUGUUGUAUGGAUAGUAAUAAAGCCUUGCCCUUGGUGUUCUGACACAGUGCCUGCAAUAGCAAUCUCUAAGGGUACCCCACACCUGUCUUUAACAAAUGUGUGACUCAGCAGGGCUCACACACUCUUUACACAUGUGGCUCUCCACACAAAGAACACACACGCCGUUACAGCACACUCACCUCAUCUCAGAUAUGGUCAUGCCAGCACAGAACUUAUAAAUACAUGCACUCAUGGAAACAUCCUUAUAAUGUGAUGAAUAAACAUGGCCAAAGAAAGAAGAUUAAAUAUAAUACUGUUAUCUUAUUUACAAACAUCUGGCUAUUUCAAAGGAUUAUAAAAAAUAUGUUAAUCUCAAAAUAUGCUUAUUGUUGCAUCAUAUAAAUUAACUG